AUGUUUCUACCAAAGCUUACACCAGAAGGAAGGAAAUUACUGAGAGAUAAUUCCGAUUUCGUCGGGACCCAGUUGAAGCACUAUGGAGUGCAGUUCGAAGAACCCAAGUCCUCUGGACGGAGCACUACCCCCACUACAUUACUGAAGGCUGCCCUCACGGCCGGGAAAUGCGACCAGGUUCCCAAACAUAUCGUUAAGCUUCAAAAUGAGGAGACAAGGCGACUAAAAGAUAAGGAAUCAGAUUGGGAGACUAGGCGAGAAAAAGUGCAUCAGGACUAUCUUCUUAAACUCGCCCGGAAGAAAGAGGAUGUCUCCCUUAUUGGGAGAUAUCUUGUUGACAGUGAGCCUAUCGAGGAUGGGUUUUUAGACAAGGCAACUGACCUUGUCCUCAAUAUCCACCGAACUGACACACCUGGUAUUUUCAAAGUCAAUUUUGAUUUCGGAGUUGUCGAGGGCGUGAUGCUUAUGUGUUUGGAGAAAGUUGCCCUGGACAAAUACUGCGCUCAGGCUGGUCGUGAACAUGAUGACAACUCGGCUGAUUCCUUGGAUGAAGAGGGCUCCGAAGAAGAUCUUGUCGAUGAGGGUGGUAUUUCAACCAAAAAGAACUUGAAGCUGGGCAAUAAGAGAGGUUGGCCAGCCUCUAAAACUAGUAUGACGAGAGCGAAGAUUCAGAAGACAGGGAAAGAUCGGGCUCUUCAAUAUCUUCUCAAGCUUAAAUGUCGCGAGAAAAGUGAAGGCAUGAUUUACUUCCAGGAAAGCGACGGAACUAUCAAUUUCGAUAAUGAAAAGCUCGCCAGCUUUGAUGGAUUGGUGGAUCUCCCCAUAAUAGGACAAGGAGUAUCGUUCUCUGCGCGGAAGAUCUCUGACCUGCCCCGUCCAUCCGGGAAGAAUUGGGCAGAUUAUUCAGAGCGGCAAUAUGAGAUGGGACGGAUUAACAGAUGGCGCUAG